AUGACGAAACUCUUUUUGCAAUCCGAUGAAGAUUUGCAAAUUACAAAAUGUCGACGUUGCAAAAAGCAAAUCAUUGCUCUCAAGAUUGAUUACAUUCAUACGAGAAUCAAUGAUAUCUUAUUAUACAUUUUCAUUUCGUACUAUGUUACCCGACGACCUCUAAUCAUCCAUUUGGCAAUGAUGCGUUUUUCAUUUGUUUCGUUAAUGAAUUUACCUGACGUGUGUAAUUCCGCUCUAUUGAAUGUAUCGUAA